AUGGCCGUUAACAGGAUAAGGGGAGCCUUUACGGCUCCACGGAAGGGCGAGACGUUCGAGCUCAGAGCCGGAUUAGUGUCACAAUAUGCAUACGAGAGGAAGGAAUCGAUCCAGAAGACAAUCAUGGCCAUGACCCUAGGCAAGGACGUGUCCUCGCUUUUCCCGGAUGUACUUAAGAAUAUAGCCACCGCAGACCUUGAUCAAAAAAAGCUCGUCUACCUCUAUCUAAUUCUGGCUCUGAUCAGUUAUAAUAGGAACUAUGCCAAAUCACACCCCGAUCUCUGCAUUCUCGCCGUCAAUACCUUCGUCCAAGACACUGAAGACCCAAAUCCUUUAAUUCGAGCCCUCGCCAUUCGAACAAUGGGCUGCAUCAGGGUGGAAAAGAUUGUAGAUUAUAUGGAGGAACCUCUGCGCAAAACAUUACGAGAUGAAUCGCCUUACGUUCGUAAGACCGCUGCCAUAUGCGUUGCAAAGCUAUUCGACCUUAACCCAACCCUCUGUCUGGAGAACGGCUUCCUUGAAUCCCUCCAGGAAAUGAUUGGAGACCCUAAUCCCAUGGUUGUUGCAAAUUCUGUGACUGCCCUGGCCGAGAUCAGCGAGACUUCGCCAGAAACCAAAGCUCUACAAAUAACACCAAACACCCUGCGAAAGAUGCUCAUGGCGCUGAACGAGUGCACUGAAUGGGGAAGGGUCUCCGUUCUCACUAACCUUGCCAACUAUACACCAAAAGAUCAGAAGGAAUCUGAGAAUAUAUGUGAACGAGUUGUGCCCCAAUUCCAACAUAUAAACGCCAGUGUUGUCCUUGCUGCCGUUAAAGUGGUAUUCCUACACAUGAAAUACAUCAAUCCGGAUACGGCGAAGUCCUACCUCAAAAAGAUGGCACCUCCCCUAGUUACGCUUGUGUCCUCUGCUCCGGAGGUACAGUACGUUGCACUGCGGAAUAUUGAUCUGCUUUUGCAGAGCCAACCAAACAUAUUAGAUAAGGAGCUCCGGGUAUUCUUCUGCAAAUACAACGACCCUCCCUACCUCAAGUUCCAGAAGCUAGAAAUCAUGGUUCGAAUUGCCAAUGACAGGAACGUGGACCAACUCUUAGCUGAGCUCAAGGAAUAUGCUUUAGACGUCGACAUGGACUUUGUGCGCCGUGCAGUCAGGGCAAUUGGGCAGACUGCCAUUAAAAUUGAACUCACAGCAGAGAAGUGCAUGGCUACCCUUCUAGAUUUAAUAAACACCAAGGUCAACUACGUGGUCCAGGAGGCCAUAGUUUGUAUUGAUGAGCUUGAUGAGCCAGAUGCCAGGGGUGCAUUGAUUUGGAUUGUGGGAGAAUAUGCUGAGAAGAUCAGCAAUGCUGGCGAUAUCCUGGCCGGUUUUGUGGACGGAUUCAACGAGGAGUUCACUCAGACACAAUUGCAAAUCUUGACAGCGGUAGUCAAACUAUUCCUUAAGCGCCCAGACAAGGCCCAGGGUUUGGUACAAAAGGUUUUGCGGGCCGCAACUGAAGAAAACGAUAACCCGGAUAUCCGAGACCGAGCAUAUGUCUAUUGGCGACUACUUUCCAACACGAGUGAUCCAAAUGCUGCCAAAAAUGUCGUUCUUUCUGAAAAACCCCCAAUCGUCACCACAAUCCACUCCCUUCCACCCAACCUUCUCGAACAACUUCUCGGCGAAUUAUCGACGUUAGCUUCUGUGUACCACAAACCCCCAGAACAAUUUGUGGGGCAAGGCAAAUAUGGUGCAGACGCUGUACAGAAAGCUGCUAUCGAGGAACAACUUCAAAAUGCCCGGGAGAAUCCUCUGGCUGCCGCUGCUGUUGCCGCUGCCGCAUCAGGUGCCGCACCUCCGCAGAUGCACAACAAUAUCGAGAAUCUACUAGACAUUGAUUUUGACGGAACAGCUCCGGCAUCUGCCCAAGGAGAACCACCCGCCGGUAUGUCUGGAUUAGAAGGGUUAGCCGGUACACCGAUGAGAGUCGCAUCCCCGACGACAGCUGGUCCCCCUCCCGCGAGCAAUAACUUAGAGGACCUCAUGGGAGUAUUUGGAAGCAGCCCCUCACCGGCCAACCAGGGUGAAAUGAACUCUGGAAGUGGAACCAGUGGGAAUGAUGUGAUGAACGGUCUUGCUGGACUUGAUCUCUCUGGAUCUACGGCUUCUCCUCCACCCGCCUCAACUCAAACGCAAGGUGGACAGAAAAAAACCAAUUCUGAGCUCUUGGAUUUAUUUUAA